AUGACGAUUUGUGCAGCCCUGCAGCCUGUGUGUGGCUUCAUCAAUAACACAGGGGCGCCGGCAGCUACUGCAAGACGUUUCUCAUCUUUCGUUUGCAUCAAGCGCAACCGAAGAGCCCUUACGAAAGCCAUUGAAGACCUACAAGCUGUAGAGAAGGUGGUUCAAGAACAAGUUAGCGUUGAAACCAACCAGCUCAACAAGUGCGAUCCUCGAGUCGAAUUAUGGCUGAGCAGAGUUGAUGGAGUCCUCGUUCCAAUUGAUGCCAUCGAACAAGAGUGUGACCAACUCAUGCAAUACUCUUGCUUCUGUAGCUCUUCCCUAAGCCUUGGGAAACGCUAUCGUCUUGGCAAGCGUGUUCUUGAGAUUCUGGAGGAUCUUCGUGGGCUAAUUGAGGAAGGGAAUCAAUUCAAGGUAUUCGGAAGCAAGCCUUUGCCAGCUUUGGUUGAGGAUCAACCAAGGAUAGAAGCCCUUGGCAUCAAGCCUGUGCUGAAGAAUCUCUGGGAAUUUUUCAACAGCGGCAAUGUGGGCAUCAUUGGAAUUUGGGGUCCAGGAGGGGUUGGGAAAACAACCCUCCUCAACACCUUCAACAAUGAACUCAAGGAGUGGGGCACCGAUUACCAGGUGGUAAUCAUGAUUGAAGUGUCCAACUCUGGAAAUCUAAAUAUAGCAGCCAUCCAGCGCAUGAUUACAGACCGCCUUGGCUUGCCUUGGAAUGACAUAGAGACAGUGCAAACUCGUGCCAGAUUCUUGGCAAAAGCACUGGGAAGAAAGAAAUUUAUCAUUUUACUGGAUGAUGUCCGGAACAAAUUCAAAUUAGAAGAUGUCGGGAUCCCAACCCCAGAUUCUGAAAUCAAAAGCAAGUUGAUUCUUACCUCACGUGAUGAGGAUGUUUGCUAUCAAAUGGGAGCAUACCAGAGUUUGAUCAAGAUGGAGUACCUAGAGAAGGAGUCAGCGUGGGAGCUCUUCCAAAACAAUUUGAGCACUAAUGCCAUUGCAGCCAUUGAGUCUCCUGCCCCUAAUGUUGUACGAGAGCAUGCUGAAGCAAUUGUCCAGAGCUGUGGUGGUUUGCCACUUGCACUCAAGGUAAUAGGGAGGGCCGUUGCUGGACUAACAGAACCCGAGGAUUGGAGCCUGGCGGUGCAAGCAACCAAGGAUGACAUAAAGGACUUGCAUGGAGUACCAGAAAUGUUCCAUAAAUUGAAAUACAGUUACGAUAAGUUGAUCAAGCAACAACAACGGUGUUUCCUGUACUGCACCCUUUUUCCAGAAUAUGGUUCAAUCAGAAAAGAUAAGCUUGUGGAGUACUGGAUGGCAGAUGGGUUGAUACCUCAGGACCCCAAGAAAGGCCAUCGUAUAAUCCGUAGCCUGUUGUCAGCAUGCUUGUUAGAGAGUUGCAAAUCUGACUCUUCGGAGGUCAAAAUGCACCACAUUAUUCGCCAUCUGGGGAUUUCCCUUGCAGUGCGGGAAAAUAUUAUUGUGAAGGCUGGAAUGAGUUUGGAGAGGGCUCCAUCAGAGAGAGAGUGGCAAGCAGCAAGAAGGAUAUCACUCAUGUUUAAUGACAUAAGGGACCUUUGUAUCUCACAUGAGUGCAGGAAUCUAGUAACUUUGCUAGUUCAGCAUAAUCCUAAUUUGGAAAGGCUCAGUCCAACAAUCUUCAAAUUCAUGCCUUCCUUGAGGGUCCUUGAUCUUUCACACACCAGCAUCACAACUCUUCCACCCUGUGAAACAUUGUCCAAGCUUAAGUAUCUCAAUUUGUCCCACACAUGCAUUGAGAGGCUUCCUGAGGAGUUUUGGGUGCUCAAAGAACUAACCCAUUUAGAUUUAAGGGUUACCAAGGCCCUUAAAGAGACAUUUGACAAUUGUUCCAAGCUACACAAGCUAAGGGUCCUAAACCUCUUCCGAAGCAACUAUGGGAUUCGUGAUGUUAAUGAUCUGAACAUUGAUUCCCUAAAGGAACUUGAGUUCCUUGGUAUCACAAUUUAUGCUGAGGAUGUGUUAAAGAAGUUGACCAAGACACAUCCGCUGGCAAAGUCGACACAGCGCCUUAGCCUCAAACACUGCGAUCAAAUGCAGUCGAUCCAAAUAUCAGACUUCACACAUAUGGUGCAACUUGGAGAGCUCUAUGUUGAAUCAUGUCCUGACUUGAAACAGCUUAUUGCUGACUCUGACAAGCGAAGAUCUUGUCUGCAAGUGCUUACCCUUGCUGAACUUCCUGCUCUAGAAACAGUUCUUAUUGGAUCUUCGCCUCAUCACUUUCGGAACCUCCUAGAAAUUACAAUCUCCCACUGCCAAAAAUUGCACGAUGUUACCUGGGUUCUGAAGCUGGAGGCACUUGAGAAGCUUUCUAUCUAUCACUGUCAUGAAUUAGAGCAAGUUGUUGAAGAAACAACUGAUGAGGUGGAAAGCAAGAGUUCGGGAAUUGAACAGGGCAGUACUCAGAGAUGCAGGAGAAAAAAUGGUUUCUCUGAAGAACAAGAGAUACAUGGUAUGGUAGAUGACGCAUGGAAUGAAUAUGCCAAAUAUUACCAGAUUAUGACCAAGAGUGGGCGGAUCAAUGGAACAGAGCACCAGGUAGACUUCCCAAAACUGAGAUCAUUGGUACUGACUGACCUACCAAAGCUGAGAAGGGUAUGCAUCCCAAGAGACUUUCCUUGUCUUGAAAGUAUCAGGGUGGAGGACUGCCCGAAUCUGAAAACAAUUCCAUUGGGUCAGACAUAUGAUUGCCAGAGACUAAAUAGGAUUUGUGGAUCAUAUGCCUGGUGGGAAAAGCUAGAAUGGGGUGGCAAGGACAUAAUGGAGAGCAAGUAUUUCAUUCCCAUCCAAGACAAAGACUAGCACAAUCACGGCAACAUGAUGAAACAACAUGCAUUGCUGAUAUAUUAUGUUUACCUCAGAGUAUGAUGAAUGUUCUGCAUUACCUUCAAUUUCAUCUGCCACACUCAAGCAUAAGCAACAAUAUUUGCUUCCUCAAUCAACCUCUGGGGCGGCCUAGGAUCCCUCCUAGGCCUGUGAAGAUCCUCUGCAAUAGGUGCAUCAUGAACAGCAAUGAUGUCAAUCUAUGUAUAUAUUAAUUACAUUUAUACGUUCAGGUUCAUAAAUAAGUGGCUUUGUAUUAACCUAUCUGUAUUAUAUUAUGUUCAUGAUGUAAAUACCAGUCUAUUAGUUCCAUCUAUUAAUUACACUUAUACUAUCGUUCAGAUUCACAAACAAGUGACUGUUGUACAAGCCUAUCUGUAUUCUGUACAUACAAACCAAACUGUAUAAAGCUAUAUAUUGUGCACAGAUUGUAUUUUCACAGAGCAUAUCCUUUAAAUGCCUACGCCCAAAUAGCAAUACAGUUAGCUCAUACCUGAUUGACUUCCCUUCGAUGGUCACGCUUAUAGCAUACCAGAGGGACCAACUCUGCAGCUGCACUUGCUUAGUUUGCCAUGCAACACCUCCCAAGGAAGCAACGAAAUAUCAGUCUCCAGAUUCCACCAUAUAUUCUUUCAAACAAAAAGUCACAAGGCUCAAAGCUAACCCGGCUUCAAGAAGAUGAUUGCUAUAUCCUAUAUGCGUAGCAAAACAGGUCAAAGCGUGCAACGGUACAAAGAUCACAAACACGAUGGAUGACUCCCUGCCGUUGAGAACAUCAAGUGUCCGCUCACGCAUUUCAUCGAACACCAUACACCCGCAGACAUGGCGGAGAUCAGUUCUUUCUCCUGGAAGCCCUCCGCCGGUACAGCCCAGAAACCCUGAAUACUCAUGCAGGCCCCAUCUGACCAAAGGUCGCUCUCUCGUUGGGCUUGCACUGGGCAGCAACCUGCCGACCAGGCAAAGUGCAUUGCUGCUCCGGGUAGGCCUGCGGAGAGGCAGUCAUUGAAGCACGUCGAACCUUGGUUAAUCGUGAAUAGUACUGGCUCAUUCCGUGCGCGGAAAGGCACUGGAUGGCACUCACGGCGAGCCUGCGAUGGUGUGCCUACGGCUCUUCCCCGUUCUUCCCCGCCUCCGGCCUCCCGUCUGGAAGGCGACAAAGGAGGGAAGGUCACCUAGCUUUUCU